AUGUAAGUGUGACGUCACCCGUUGUCAAGGAGAUAGUUUGGACUCUAAACAAACCGUUGCUAAGGAAAAUGGUAGUCCAUUUCUUAUGGGUCUAAAACAUCACCUUACAUUUACAACUAUAUCAAUAAAAUAAUUAAUUUCUAAGAGUUGGGAAUAUUUUUUCCAAGCUCUAGACAUCCAAAACAAUAAAUUUCAGCAUUCCUUCAGAUCUGUCAUUCGAAUUAAAGUUGACAGCCAAAGCCGGAAGUCUCGAAACUAGUGCGUGGAUGCAUAGUAGGCCUACCGUACCACAGGCCAUAUGCUACUGAUGGUAGGCUAUCUUGAAGAGUUUGGAUUGUUUUUAAAAACUUAAUCAGAUUGUAGUUAUUUUCAAAUUUAUAUUCGGUUCUUUAUUGUUUAGUGUGACUAGAAGUAGGUAGUAGUAAGUUAGAAGUAGGUACCGUAUACGGUUUUUAGGUAGCCUAAUAUUAAUUUAUAGUUUUAAAAAAAGCUCAAAUAGUAUAUAGGUUAGGUGUUUUGGUAUAGUUACUCAAUAAUAAGUUAGGUGUUCAGUUUACUGGAGUCCGUAAUGGUUUUUGAAUUAGUUGAAAUAUCAACAUAUUUUAGGGAUGAACCCAACAGUAUAAAAAGGGGUGAAGAUGCUGUGACCACCAAUCAUAUUGUAAGCAUCAAAUAUGAUGGUGAUUACAAUCACUUGGAAGGGAAGGUACAAGCCAGUAUGCGCAACAAAACAUACAAUGUGAAGAUUGAUUGUGAUGCUGAAAAGAGAGUGCAGAAUGCAGAGUGCUCAUGCCCUAGAGGCAAAUUUAAAUGCCACCACAUCGCCGCAUUAAUGAUUUAUGCCAAUAAAAACAUUUCGGCAACAAGCGGGCAUUGCCAGUGGAUUAGGGUGAGGCCUACUGAGGGAGACAGGCCCAUUAGAGUAGAGGAACUGUUCCCGCCAAAGGAAUUCCAGCCAUUUGACGAGCCACUCAGAGAAGAGGCAAUACAAAGGUUACAGGAGAAGCUGAACAAGAGUAACUUCAAUGUCGGAUUCACAUGGCUACUAUCCAAAGAACCGGAGCCUACUGCAGUCGCCGAAAUACCGACUAUUGAGUCGAUCAUAUUCUCUAGGGAAUUCGCGGCUGCAGUAGAUAAAAAAUCAUUUUUGAAAGCUGCUUCAGCUAUUGAGCAGGAGGUUAUUAAAAACGUUGCCGAAAUUACUGUCGGUCAAAGCAAAAAUCCAUUGUGGUUUGUUGCAAGGAAAUAUCGCUUGACUGCCAGUAAUUUCGGCAAGGUUUUGUCUGCUUGCAGACGUGGGAGAUUCCCUCCUUCACUUUUUAAUAAUCUGCAUGGUGCAUACGAUUUGUCCAGCGUGAGAAGCCUGCAGUGGGGCAGGGACAAUGAGGAAACUGCUGUACAAAUCUUCGAAAAAGAGAAAGGUGUGAAGGUGAAGAAGACAGGAAUUUGGCUCCAUGAGUCAGGCCUUUUAGGGGCCAGUCCUGAUGGCAUGAUUCCAGACGAAAAUGCCAUCGUGGAGGUGAAAUGCCCAUACACCUUCAGAAAAGCAAAGAACAUCGAGGAGGCCAUAAGGGCGAGUAAAAACUUUAUCAUCAAAAUUGUAGAAGACAGUUGGGUGGUCGACACUGACCAUGAUUAUUACCACCAAAUUCAGGGUCAGCUGCACAUCACAGGAGCAGAGAUAUGCCACUUGGUAGUGUGGAUACCAGACAGCUGUCUGAUUGUGCCAUUCGAGCGUGAUCGUGAAUGGGCCUCAAAUAUAGAGGUACUUCAAAAAUUCUAUGUUAAUCAAUAUCUGAGUUCCAUAGAUUUGGCAUCAGAAUAAACUAUUAAGUUUUUUCUA